AUGGAGUUAAGAGCAAAGGAUCACAAGCUGGAACCGUGGAAAAACUUUUACAGGAAAUACGUGAUGCCAGUGUUUGGCGAAUUUAAGGGUGUAUACGGCUAUGUGUCAGGUAAACUCAUGAACUCGUUUGGUGCCUCAGCUAAGAGAAGGUUGGAAGCAGAGGGUGCUCCUUCAGGGAGCAGAGCUCUGGCCAUAGAACACGGGGAUUCCUCUUCCGAUAGUCAGGCAGCUGAUCGUCAGACUAAGUUCAGGAACGCAGUCACUGAGAAAAGUCGAGGCCAAUCCGUCACGUUUAAGGAUAGAAUGAAGUCACGGUUUCUUGGGAAGCCCUUAUCGCAUGAAGCACCGUUAGGGGUAAAAUAG